AUGGUGCUACUCACCAAAGCCGCUGGAACCGUAAUCCGCCCAUUAACCGCAAGACGGUUAGCCUCGACAUCCACAACGCAAAGCCUCAAGAUCAAUUCCGCGCGACUAUGGGAGACUUUCCAUGACACAUGCAAAUGGGGUGCAGCUCAUCGAUAUAGCGACAAGCCCAUAGACACAGGCAUGGCCCGCCUCACCCUCACUGACGCCGACGCGACAGUGCGUCGAUGGCUAGGUGAUCAAGUGCAAGAAUUGGGAUGCACACUUCACGUAGACCAGAUGGGGAACAUGUUCGCUAGGCAGAAAGGUCGACUGAACUCGUCGGCGCCUAUGAUUGCCAUGGGUAGUCAUUUGGAUACUCAACCCCGAGGAGGGAGAUAUGAUGGUAUUUUGGGUGUUAUGGCGGCCUUGGAAGUGUUGAGAACGAUGAAAGAGAAUGGGUAUCAGACAGGGUUUGAUAUUGGUGAAGAAGGAGCUAGAUUCCCCAAAUCAAUGGCAUCAUCCGGUGUCUGGGCUGGAAGCAUCCCGCUUCAGGAAGCAUGGGAUCUACGUGAUAUCCACAACCCCGACAUAACCCUCAAAUCCGAACUUGAGCGACACGGCUACCUCGGCGAGAUCGCCUGUUCAUACGACACUACAACUGGAUACCCGCUUGGCGCACAUUUCGAGCUGCAUAUUGAACAGGGACCCAUUUUGGAACAGACGCAACGAUCCAUAGGCAUCGUUCAAGGUGCGCAGGCAUACAGAUGGCUGAGUUUCACCGUCUCCGGCCGGGACGCGCAUACCGGCACAACACCAUUCAGCGCACGUAAAGACCCGCUUCUCGCAGCUUCGAGGAUGAUUGCGUCCUCUAACGGGAUUGCGCAGCGACACGGCGCAUUGGCGUCAACAGGGAUAUUCAAAAUUCCAUCCAACGCAUCUACAAAUACGAUUGCUUCAGAAGUGACGUUUACGCUCGACAUCCGACAUCCAGAUGACAGGGUGGUUGAUGUAGUGCAGGCAGAAUGUCUCGAAUCAUUCAAUAAAAUUGCUGCGCAGGAUGGAAAGGGGGUUUCGUUUACGUGGCAAAUCGACACUGAUUCUCCUGCUGUUCGAUUUGAUAAGAAUUGCAUUGAUGCAGUGAAAGCUGCGGCACAUAAUCUCGUCGGACCGGAUGGGUAUAUGGAUAUCACCAGCGGUGCUGGUCACGAUAGCGUGUAUACCAGUCAACGCUGCCCGACGACGAUGAUUUUUGUGCCUUGUCGUGAUGGAGUCAGUCAUCAUCCGGAGGAGUACUGUUCGCCGGAAGACUGUGCGAUUGGGACACAGGCUUUGUUGGAGGCUGUGGUUUACUAUGAUAGGUUUCGAACGAAGCAGGAUACAGCUUCAUAG